AUGGAACAGAAGCUGGAGGUUGUGUUGUCAUCAAGCAUCAAACGGAAGAAACCAUGGCCAAGGUUCUGUUGGCUCGGAUUGGUGAGGACACUGAAUUGUCAAUCAUCCACACAGAGAUGUUGACAUCCAUCACUAGAUAAUGGAAAUCUUUGAUUGCACAGCUUGAACAGGAAAUGGACUAGUAUUGAAAACAGUAGUAUCUGUGCAGUUUGUGACUGUAUCAAACGGUUGAUUUGUCCAGGAGAAGGAGUCUGUUUUCCUGCUGGAUGACAAGCGGAUCAGUGAGAUUAACAUGGUGUCUGGACGCACCAAGAAGAAGACCCCCAAGCUGCAGCCCCUGCUCCCCAGGGUGGUAACCAUGGCCGCAUCCCAGAACGGUACGCUUUCAGUGGCCUUUACAUUUCAACACCAUUUGAUUCCAUAGAAACACGGCAGUAAUCUUCAUUCCCAUGAUUCAUUUCCGUUUGUAGGUGUGUGGCUUGCCGGAUUGCUGGUCUCAGGAGAGCUGUUUCUAUGGAGCAGGGACAAAGACUCCUUGAAGACCGUGGCAGCAGUCCCUACAGAAGCUCAGCUCGUCACUGCAGCACAAGGUCUGUAUGUGCGCAAGCCAUUGUUACAAUGAGCCAUGUUCAAGCUUGCCAACACAGCUCCAUGUCCUUACUGCGUAUGUGUGUGUAUGGACACAGGGUCUGGCGUGUGCCUGUCUCUGGUGGUUUCAGGGGAUGGGAUGCGGGUGCUGCUGGUGACUGUGACGGGGCAGGUGUUCCUGUGGGAGUGUGUGGAUGUGCGCGACCUGUCAGGGGUACGGGAUGGUACCGCCAGAGGACGCUGGGCUCAGAUACAGCACCCUGAAAACACUGCUCUGCCAACCCCAAGAGACAAGGAGGCAUCUCAACACAGCAUCUUCAUCAGGGGGGAGGUGAGGAGACAGGGAUAGAAAUUAUCCUGUUGCAAAUGUUUGACUAGUUUCCCAUGUUACCAUGGGAACGUUUGUCAUGCCCUAAUCAUUUCUUCUUGUCUUUUCCUUGUUUUACCACCUUGUUUCUCUCUCCAUAUCAGGCAGUGGGUGAUAUCUGCUUGUCAGCUUUUGUUUUCACCUCGGUGGUGGAGCUAAGUGUCACUUUCUUAAAGAUCCAAUGGGAGGAGGGCCAGAGGAGCAGGUGAGUGGACUAGGAAAGGCUUCACAGGGUCAAGGGGUCAAAACUUCCUCUCAAGCAUUUACACUCCUCUAUAUCUUUAUUGUCAUAAUACAAUCAAAGGUAUUUGUUCUCACAUUGCUCAUCUGGAAUAUAUUUGAUUGUGAUGUAUGUUUUUCCUGCAGUCCUGUGGGGUACAGUGUACGCUGGGUCACUAAGACAUACCCCAUGUCCUGCCUCACCCCACCCUGUCGCCCAGUGAAGUCCAGGGGGGCACUGGUGCCAGCCUUCUCCCCUGAUGGCCUGCUGUUAGCUGUAGCCCUGAACCAAAGAGACCCCAGGGCUACGCAGGUUCUCUUUGUCAGCACUCAGAACUUUGUGACUGUCUCCAGUGGACUGGGGGGAUGUGGCAGCAAGAAACUCGUCAUUCCUUCUAAAUACGUGAGGUAGGUACACGACUAGAACAGGGAAUAUGUAGAUACUGCAUGUGUUUUAGAUGAUAAAGAUGACUCCCUUGUAUCCUGCAGGUCGUACUGGGUGGGCAGUGUGAGCUGGGCUGUGGGGGGGCUCUACCUGGCCUGUGUGCUGAAGAGGGGCUCCUUCCUCAUGCUGGCUCGUCUGGGGGGGCUGCUCUCUCUGUCUACCUCAGGGUGCAAUGUGGACUUUGGCCCUGCUCACUUUCUGCCCCUGCAUCCACUAGUCACUUACAGGUAAACAUGAGAAUGAUUCCAUUAAUAUAAGCAACCCAUUUCAAAUGGAAUGGUCCGUUUUGAUAAUCCUACAUAUUCUAGCCACCCUAACCAAUUUGUAUUUGUUCAAGUGUUCCAUAAGUUCUCUAACAGGAAAUAUACCAUCAAGUGUGAUACUCUCUUCAUCAAUCAGUCCAUCCAUAGCCAUAGAAUGUCAAACUGGUCACGAACCCACUGUAGAUUAUUUUAAAUGUGUUUUGAUCCAUUCGUUUCUCGAUUUCGUUUCCCUCUCUUCUCUCUCAUCUGUAAUCAUCUUCUUUCUCUAUUUCUUCGCUCUCCUCUUCCAACAUGGUCAUUGUACCCUUUUUCUCAUGUAAGUAUUUGAGGGGUUAACACAUGUUGGUCUUGAUACUCCACACAGCACACUUGUGCUAUCUCCUAAACAUAAUCUCACUGGCUUGAUGGCUCUUGAAUGCUCUGCAUUGACCAACAUAAAAUAAAUCACUGACAUUUCUGAUGAUUAUUUCUACAUAAUUGGUACAUGCCUGUCUUCUUGAAAAGCAUGUUACUGUACUACUAUAAUAUACACAUGAAAUCUCUCCCUUAUUUCACCUCACUUUCCCCUUUCCCAAUCAUCUCUCACCCUCAUCUCUCCUCAGACCUCCAGUCUCUGUUGGGGGGGCUGGGGUUGACCCUCUGUCCAGCUCCAGCCUGUCUGUACGGGACGUCCUGAGACAGCGCUACUCAGUGACCUGGCACCCGCGGCUGCCCUACCUCAUUGUGUCUGAUGGCUACAUGGCCACAGUGCUGCGGGUGCCUGAGCAGUCCUCCCCUGCCACCCUCCUCAGGGCUCUGCUGCACGACACCAGCCAGGGCCUGGAGAGUGCCAGCAGGGCACUGGAGCGAACACAGGUGAGGGGAGGGAGUUGAAUGUAAUUGGCUCCAGUGCAUUUCCUUUUUUGUGGUUGUGUAGUUGCUGUAAUGCUCAAUAAUAAUUUGGUCAAUAGCUAACAUCCACCGGGCCACUAUAUUUCUCUUGUUGUUUGUUUACUCAUUUUUCUGCCGUAUUCCUUCUCUUUUCCCAGCCCCAUGCCAGGGCGUGGCUGGAGUCCAUAUCCUGUCUGAAGCUUAGUAGCAGUCUGCAGGAGCUGAGAGCCAGGCCCACACCCGUACCCACCCCAACAGCCACAGCUACAUCCACCCUGCCCCUCUUCCUGCAGGACCAGGGAGGCCUGGGGGACACCAGGGAGCUGGUCCAGAGAGUUCAGGUCUGGCCAUCAGCUGAUUAACACACACACACACACACUCUGAAUGUUCUAAUCUCUUCGUCAUAGUUAAUGUUAUUCUGUUUAAAGGAGUUUAUGUGUGCUUUCUUAGGCUUUGUUUGAGGAUGACUCUGAUCUUGAAGGACUGCCUGCUGGUUCACAUGUGGAGGACCGAGGUCGGCUGGAGUUUGCCUCCAUGUUCGACACCCUCCAUGCCCUCUCAGACACCCUGGCUGAUCUUGACCCCAGUCCUCGCCCUCAUCCUGACCCUGAUGCUAGCUCUGUGGACUCAGAGAGGAGACCCCCAGCCCUCCCUCCUGAGCUCCGGGGGGUCCAGGGCAGCCUGAUGACAGCGUGGGCUCUGGGUGUGUCACUAGGUGGCGUUGUGGAGCAGAGAGAGCGUCUGCUGAAGUACACGGUCCGCUGUGCUGUCCGCUUCGCUGCUCUCCUCCGUCUAAUUUCCAUCCCCUGCUCCCACACAGGAAGGAGAAAGAAGAGCACCAUUCCCUUCUCCUCUCACCUCCUCCACCUCCUCAGAACCCUUCUCUCUUUCCUCCCCUGGGAUGCCCCUCACACAGGGGGGAGGAGCUGCCUGGGUUUGGUUGUGGAGCUCACUCAACAGCUAGUGGGCCUGCUCCUCUCCUCGCCCCCUGACCUCUCUCAGACUGGCCAGGCUAGCUCUGAGCCCUCCUCCCAGACCCUGUCCACAGCUCUGCUCCUCCUGGAGCUGACCUCCCACAGUAUGGAGCACACCUACAGCCUCCAGCAGAAAUGUGCCCACACAGAUGUCUACUGUGUGCUAUUCCUGCAGGAGGAGGGAGGGGGGCCAGGGCCAUUACAACAGGGUUUGCCUCUCCCCCAGCGGCCGUCUAGCAGGUAGAGUCAAUCUCUUGUGCGUAUUAAUGAGAGUGGGUGUGUGAUCGAUUUAACUUACUGUCAUUUUUGGCCCUUUAGUCUGAUCUCGCUCUGUCAUAUUCCUCUGACAUUAUUCCUCUCCAGGUUGCGGGGAGUGUGGCGUGCAGUAUACAGGCACACUCUGCAGUACUGGGAGGAGCUGAAGCACCAUGGGAGCGGUACGGGCUGGGAGGAGGAGCAGGGGCGUGUGUCUGUCAUCCUGUCCCAGAUCCAGACAGCUCUACAGGGGAUGGGAGAAAGGCUGGAGGACGGGCCCACUCUGCUGAGCUACACAGGUAGGAUGAACGGGAGCCUGUGUGAGGCCUAUACAAUUGGAGGGUUGUCUGGUUUCUGUACCCCUUGAUUUUGUUACAUUACAGCUUUAUUCUAAAAUGGAUUAAAUAAAUACAAAUCCUCAGCAAUCUAUGCACAAUUCCCCAUAAUGACAAAGCGAAAACAGGUUUUUAGACAUUUUUGCAAAUGUAUUAAAAUUUAAAAACAGAUACCUUAUUUACAUAACUAUUCAGACCCUUUGCUGUAAGACUCGAAAUUGAGCUCAGGUGCAUCCUGUUUCCAUUGAUCAUCCUUGAGCUGUUUCUACAACUUGAUUGGAGUCCACCUGUGGUACAUUCAAUUGUUUGGACAUGAUUUGGAAAGGCACACACCUGUCUAUAUAAGGUCCCACAGUUGACAGUGCAUGUCAGAGCAAAAACCAAGCCAUGAAGUCGAAGGAAUUGUCCGUAGAGCUCUGAGACAGGAUUGUGUCGAGGCACAGAUCUGGGGAAGGGUACCAAAACAUUUCUGCAGCAUUGAAGGUCCCCAAGAACACAGUGGCCUUCAUCAUUCUUAAAUGGAAGAAGUUUGGAACCACCAAGACUCUUCCUAGAGUUGGCCGCCUGGCCAAACUGAGCAAUCGGGGGAGAAGGGCCUUGGUCAGGGAGGUGACCAAGAACCAGAUAGUCACUCUGACAGAGCUCUAGAAUUCUUCUGUGGAGAUGGGAGAACCUUCCAGAAGGACAACCAUCUCUGCCGCACUUCACCAAUCAGGCCUUUAUGGUAGAGUGGUCAGAUGGAACCCACUCCUCAGUAAAAGGCACAUGACAGCCCACUUGGAGUUUGCCAAAAGGCACCUAAAGACUCUCAGACCAUGAGAAACAAGAUUCUCUGGUCUGGUCAAACCAAGAUUGAACUGUUUUGGCCUGAAUGCCAAGCGUCACGUCUGGAGGAAACCUGGCACCAUCCCUAUGGUGAAGCGUGGUGGCAGCAUCAUGCUGUGGGGAUGUUUUUCAGCGGCAGGGACUGGGAGACUAGUCAGGAUCGAGGCAAAGAUGAACGGAGCAAAGUACAGAGCGGUCCUUGAUGAAAACCUGCUCCAGAGCUCUCAGGACCUCAGACUGGGUCGAAGGUUGACCUUCCAACAGGACAACGACCCUAAGCACACAGCCAAGACAACGCAGGAGUGGCUUCGGGACAAGUCUCUGAAUGUCCUUGAGUGGCCCAGCCAGACCACGGACUUGAACCUGAUUGAACAUCUCUGGAGAGACCUGAAAAUAGCUGUGCAGCAACGCUCCCCAUCCAACCUGACAGAGCUUGAGAGGAUCUACAGAGAAGAAUGGGAGAAACUCCCCAAAUACAGGUGUGCUAAGCUUGUAGAGUCAUACCUAAGAAGACUCAAGGCUGUCAUCGCUGCCAAAGGUGCUUCAACAAAGUCCGUUUUUUUAUUUUUAUAAAAAUGUUGCUUUGUCAUUAUGGGGUAUUGUGUGUAGAUUGAGGAAAAAAACAAUUUAAUCAAUUUUAGAAUAAGGCUGUAGCCUAACAAAAUGUGGAAAAAGUCAAGGGGUCUGAAUACUUUCUGAAGGCACUGUAAGUGAUGAUUCAAAUGUGCAACCUUCUUUUGGGUCCCUAGGGGAACAGCACUUCCUGUUUGGUUGCUACUCAGAGAGUGCUCAGGCUUGGAGGGCUGAGCUGUGGGCAGAGAGACAGAGAGGUGAGAAGGAUAGUUUAGUUGACGUGUGGUUUUGGGGUACAGUUUGAAUCUAAACGUGUCACCUCCUGUUCCCCAGAUGGGCCUCGGAGUGCGUUCUUGGAAACACGUCUGUUGCUGUCCCUGCUGUAUGGACUACUGUUCCAGUACCGUCUGAAAGAGGCCCAGGGGCUGGGGGACCACAUGGCCCGUCUGCUACUCCAUCAGGCUGGACAAUAUGGUGAUGAUAGGGCCCACAACACUGGUAUGUAUUGAUCUUGGUCAAUCCAGGUUCAUUGGAAGAGAUAUAUAUAUUUUUAAUGAUACUUUUGUCUUUACGUAGAGCUAAAAUGCUAAGAGACUGUAUCUGUGUCAGUUUUAAAAGUCAUUGUUGCUUGUUGACAUUGACUUGAUUUAUCUGUUGGUUCUAGAGGAGGCUCUUCCUGGCUCCUGGCUGCCAGGGGAGGUCCACAGUGAGGCAGCCUGUGCUGUAGUCCAGACUCUGGGAAGGUUCAUGGCCUCAUAUUUCACCAACAAGCCCCUUCUCAUCCUGCCCCCUCACAGUGUGGAUGUACUGCCUCCCUUACACCUCCCCCAUGGUAAGAACUCCCUCAACACACACACACACACACACACACACACACACACACACACACACACACACACACACACACAGUAUUUGACCAUACAGGCCAGUGUGUUUAUAUCUAUGUCUGUAUCCACUCUCUCCAGCCCCAGGUGUUGGGCGCCUGGUGCCCCUGUGCCAGGAGCGUGUGGCAGGGGCGGUGCGGGGGCAGCAGCUGUCAGAGGUGUGGACGGUGGGCUAUACCCAGGACCUGCUGCUGCAGGGGGGGCUGCUGCCUGAAGCCACCUGGCUGGCUCAUUGUCUGGGGGACUGGAAGACUGCAGCCUCCCUGGGCCUGGCCUACACAACUUACGCAGCAGAGCACUGCGACUUCACCGGGUCAGUGUGUGUUUGUCUGUACGUGUAAGAGCUUCUAGCUCAUCAAUUCACCACUGAGACUUGUAUAUGGAUUGUGGUGAAUAGGUUAAUGAGCUUUUGUGAGUUUCUGAUGGCUCUCUGUUGCCACCUCAGGCUCAGGUGGAGAGAACUACAUCUCCCAGCAGCCCUUGAGCCUGUGAGCAUCUUUCAGGGUCAGCUUGAGUCUCUACUGGGCAGGAAGGCUGGGCCAGAGGAGACCCAAGGAGACGAGGAUAACUACAAGAGCUUCACAGGUCUGUUGUGCCUGAUGGUGUGGACCUCGGCUACUCCAUUCUGCAGGACAGUUUGCCUCCACAUCUCGAUCUCUCAUAUGUACUUUUCAUUUUUUACAUCACUUUUAUAAUUCUCUCUCUUUCUCUCUCUCUCUUUCAGACUCUCUGGAGGGUGAGGACGUGGAGUUGUUGCAGGGUUCAGUGCAGGAGAUCCUGAAGGCAUCAGUCAUGGCUGGGGUAGAUGUGUUGUCCCAGCCCCUGGGUGCUCUACUCGACUCAGCCAAAGACCUGUCCUCCUGCCUUCCUGCUCUGGUGCCUAUGGGCCUGUACCUGCCUGCACCCCCUCUCUACUGCCCCCAGCCUGCACCCAACACACAGGUACUACAGAGGACAGAGUAUUCCCAGAAUUGAGUAACAAGAUGGUGCUGCUGAGUAAGGGGGGGGAUAUAGAAAUAUCUAGAAAUUGAACCUUUAGGUGUCUAUGCAUGCACUGGAAGGUCUUGUAUGUAUAUGUUACCUGCUCAGGGCUAUAGAGUUAAAACAAUUCUUCCAACUACAGUGGGGAAAAAAAGUAUUUAGUCAGCCAGCAAUUGUGCAAGUUCUUCCACUUAAAAAGAUGAGAGAGGCCUGUAAUUUUCAUCAUAGGUACACGUCAACUAUGACAGACAAAAUGAGAAAAAACAUUCCAGAAAAUCACAUUGUAGGAUUUUUAAUGAAUUUAUUUGCAAAUUAUGGUGGAAAAUAAGUAUUUGGUCAAUAACAAAAGUUUCUCAAUACUUUGUUAUAUACCCUUUGUUGGCAAUGACACAGGUCAAACGUUUUCUGUAAGUCUUCACAAGGUUUUCACACACUGUUGCUGGUAUUUUGGCCCAUUCCUCCAUGCAGAUCUCCUCUAGAGCAGUGAUGUUUUGGGGCUGUCGCUGGGCAACACAGACUUUCAACUCCCUCCAAAGAUUUUCUAUGGGGUUGAGAUCUGGAGACUGGCUAGGUCAUUCCAGGACCUUGAAAUGCUUCUUACGAAGCCACUCCUUCGUUGCCCGUGCGGUGUGUUUGGGAUCAUUGUCAUGCUGAAAGAUCCAGCCACGUUUCAUCUUCAAUGCCCUUGCUGAUGGAAGGAGGUUUUCACUCAAAAUCUCACGAUACAUGGCCCCAUUCAUUCUUUCCUUUACACGGAUCAGUCGUCCUGGUCCCUUUGCAGAAAAACAGCCCCAAAGCAUGAUGUUUCCACCCCCAUGCUUCACAGUAGGUAUGGUGUUCUUUGGAUGCAACUCAGCAUUCUUUGUCCUCCAAACACGACGAGUUGAGUUUUUACCAAAAAGUUAUAUUUUGGUUUCAUCUGACCGUAUGACAUUCUCCUAAUCCUCUUCUGGAUCAUCCAAAUGCACUCUAGCAAACUUCAGACGGGCCUGGACAUGUACUGGCUUAAGCAGGGGGACACGUCUGGCACUGCAGGAUUUGAGUCCCUGGCGGCGUAAUGUGUUGCUGAUGGUAGGCUUUGUUACUUUGGUCCCAGCUCUCUGCAGGUCAUUCACUAGGUCCCCCCGUGUGGUUCUGGGAUUUUUGCUCACCGUUCUUGUGAUCAUUUUGACCCCACAGGGUGACAUCUUGCGUGGAGCCCCAGAUCGAGGGAGAUUAUCAGUGGUCUUGUAUGUCUUCCAUUUCCUAAUAAUUGCUCCCACAGUUGAUUUCUUCAAAUCAAGCUGCUUACCUAUUGCAGAUUCAGUCUUCCCAGCCUGGUGCAGGUCUACAAUUUUGUUUCUGGUGUCCUUUGACAGCUCUUUGGUCUUGGCCAUAGUGGAGUUUGGAGUGUGACUGUUUGAGGUUGUGGACAGGUGUCUUUUAUACUGAUAACAAGUUCAAACAGGUGCCAUUAAUACAGGUAACGAGUGGAGGACAGAGGAGCCUCUUAAAGAAGAAGUUGCAGGUCUGUGAGAGCCAGAAAUCUUGCUUGUUUGUAGGUGACCAAAUACUUAUUUUCCAACAUAAUUUGCAAAUAAAUUCAUUAAAAAUCCUACAAUGUGAUUUUCUGGAUUUUUUUCUUCUCAAUUUGUCUGUCAUAGUUGACGUGUACCUAUGAUGAAAAUUACAGGCCUCUCUCAUCUUUUUAAGUGGAAGAACUUGCACAAUUGGUGGCUGACUAAAUACUUUUUUCCCCCCACUGUAUAUACUUAGGACCCGUCAGGGGUGUUUGGGCAGCUGUUGGAGGGGGCGUCCCGUCACAGGGUGUCAGGGGUCCUCCAGAGGGUGCUGCUGCUCCUGAGGUCUGCCCGCUGCUCCCGUCCCGCUGCCCAGUGGUACAUCAGCCACCUGCAACGCUCCCGACAUCGCCUACACAGGGUACUCUGCUAUCCUGUUCUUACCGGUCUCCAGCCCUCUGCCCCACACCCUCUAAACACCCUCCUAUCUGUUUUACACAAUAGAUAGUCACCUUCAUACAGUGGGGGGAAAAACACUCAAUCUUCUUGAGUGUAAUGAAAUGAUUUGGAGUAUUAUGUUGAAUCUUGUGGUGACUAACUUGGUGGUUGGUCUUUAGAUCCGUCAGAAGUACUCCCAGCAGCAGUGUGUGACCAAGGCCUUCCCAGAGGCUCUGAUGAAGUUUGUGACCCGCGGUGGAUUCUUCAGACUGGGACCCAGUGGGGCCGGAACCCUGGACUCGGUCACUAUACAAACUAUCAGUAAGAUACUUUUUUUACUGUUUGUCACACCAUUGAACUACAUUCAUCCAUUGAAGCAUAGCUUAAUUCGAGAACCUUUUUCCUCCAGUCUGCUUCAGGGAGCUGUGUGGCCUGUGCUGGAUGCUGAAUGUCAGAGACCAGCUCUCAAUGUCUUGCAGGAAGUAUCAGGCUGCAAGGAACUGUGGGAGAGAUCCCCAGGUACUACACAAAGGCCUUUUUACUGUGUUGCUUGGUGUAUCUUCUUCAGCCUGAAGGUGUGUGUCUGGGUGUGUGUGUGUGAUCCUCUAUAAUAGAUGGUCUGUUAACAACCUGUUAAAUGUGUGUAUUUCAUCCUGAAGGUCCCAGCAGAUGACGGUGAGGUGACAGCAGCCUGUGAGGAGGCUCUCCACUGGGCCUGUCGUUUCCUUCCUUUCUCCCGCUUCCUCAACGCUGAGGAGAUCCUCCAGGACACCCUCCUCAGCUUGGUCUCUGAACUUCCCCCUGUACCCCUGGUAAACCCGACCAGCAGUCACCUCAUUCACAUACAGUCACAGACAUUCCUAUUCGGUUAAUUGUGUUUUUCCAUGUCCUACACAGGAGAGAUAUAGAGUGGAAUCAUGUCUCUUAUCCCAGGCUGUUGUCUCCUUCCAGGUGGCAGAGACUCUGGUGCAGGCCUUCCCGGAGGAGGAGGAGUCAGUCAGGGUCCCUCUGAGAGAGAAGUACAACUCACUACUGCAGAGACUGAGGCACUGCACUGUCCCAGGUAGCUACUGUCUACUACUGUCACUGCUCUUCACCUUCCUGCCCAGCAUAACGUAAAGGGAGUACAAAUAAUAAUAAUAUAUGCCAUUUAGCAGACGCUUUUAUCCAAAGUGACUUAGUCAUGCGUGCAUACAUUUUACAUACGGGUGGUCCCGGGAAUCAAACCCACUAUCUUGGUGUAAGGUAAUGCUAAUGUUUCGUGCUAAUUUUCAUUCUCUCCUUGACCUUCUCUUUCUCUCUUCUAGCCUCAGGACAGAAUGGCAGGAAGAGGGAUGAGGAGGAGGGAGAGGAGAUGAUGAUGAUUCUGAUGCAGGAGCGGCUCAGACAGAGGAGGAAGGACCUGAAGCGUCUGGCCAGGCACCUGGCUCCCCUGGAGCUAUACCUGUGGGAGAGGGAGGAGGAGGAGGACAGGGGAGGGGGAGGGCAGGGGGCUGCAGCCCUGCUAGAGAGAUUCUCCCUUGGGGCCAGUCUGAGUAACAGCACCCUGACGGACUGUGGGCGCCCCCUGGUGUACAGCGAUGGAGACACGGCCGAAAACUCAGUGGCUCUCUCUCCUGACCUGCACAGCAGGCUUCCUCACAGGUAGACUCAGGCUUUCUUGAUGAAAUUUGUAUCUGUCAGAAAUCUUUGUUAGUUAAGAAGGGGUAAACUUUUUUUGUUUUCAGCAGCAGCAAGAGAGUGAGGGUGCUGGACCGAGCAGACAAGUCUGGAAGGAAAGUAGUGGAGGGUGAGAGCAUCCAGGAGGAGGGCCAGAGCUGCACGGGCCCAGCACAGGACCCUGCUGUGGGGGAGGACAGCCCCUCUCUGACCCUGCCCGUGGUGGGGACCUGGGAGUUUGAGCUGGAGGAUGAGGAGUACCUGCGUUUCCUGGAGCUCUUCUUCAGCUACGUGUUGGAGAAGGACGGCCCUGACCCAGACUCUGGCUGUGACCCUCCCCUGCUGAAGGGCUUCUGUAGCCAGCUGAGAGAGCGAGAGCUGCACUCCCUCACCUUCGAUGUCCUCACCACCCUCCGCCGCCGCCAGAGAGAUGGACGCUACGCAACCAGGAGGCAGGGGGGCAGUGACGCCCCUGUGUUCAGAGCUGGACACUGCUACAAACCAGUACUCGUUACCACACCUUCAUUUCUCCACAGUGAGCCCCCUACACCCAGACCCAGCAUGUCUGUCAGUGUCCUGUCCCUCCCUGGGCUCAGGACUGGCAGGCAGCAGGGGUUGUUUGGCUUCAGUCUGCAGGCCAGCCCAGCUCCAGAACCCACACCUCAAAGAGGCCGCCUCGGCUCGGAGCCUAGCCCCAGUCAGAGCUCUGUUCCCUGGGAGCAACCAUCAGAGUGCUGGGCGUUUGGGCCCCUGGGCUCCGUGGAGCCUGUAGAGCUACAGCAGGAGCUGGAGCCCAAGCUGGAGGCCCAGUUCCCAGGGCUGGGCAGGCUGCUGGAGUGGAUGGUGCGCUGGGCUGAUAAGAGGGUGCUGCUGGGACACCCCAGCCGGAUGAAGGAGAGGGAGGCGGGCGGAGGAGGGGUAGCUGGAGGUGGAGUGGUGAUACGGGUCAAAGCCACCGCUCCUGCGGUGCUCACGGCCCUCAGCAUGUUGGAGCACAGGUACACCGCCGCCCUGCUGGGCAUGGACCGCUACUGUGCCAACUUACCAGUGAGUAGAGUUUUUUUAUGAACUAUUUAUUAACCAGAUAUAGAGAUGUGCGUGGACUGUGUGCCAUGAGUGAUGAGAACCGCCAGACUUGGCAUAGACCAACAUUCUCUAACAGAUUUCCUUUCUUCUCAUUAUCUCCCCCACUUCUCUCCUUCCUUCACUUUUUCCUUCUCCACUCUGCCUCCAGGUUCCAGAGAGGCAAUGGACAGUGGCUCCAGUGUUGCAGCCUGAGGUGGGCUGGAAGCUGGAGAGGGAGAGCAGUGUGGAUACAGGUUACCCUGCAUCAGCUGGCACACCCAUUACUCUGCCAGAACAGGACCCCCAACACAGCGAACUGUCCUAGUGAGUGUGUGUGUGUGUGUGUGUGUGUGUUCUAGCAUUUUCUUAUGGCUCAGAGAGGAUCUUUAAUAUAUUUCUGUUCUUCUACAGUGGGUCACAGACUGAGGGGAUGGAACGAGUGACAUCCCAAGAGACCUCACACCUUUAUGACCAUGAGGGAGUGACGUUAAACCCUGAGAGCGGGGUGGCAGACUUCCGAGACCACAAGCUUGACCUUUCUGCUGAGAAAGAAGGAGAUGACAGCAAUGCUGACAAGGCCUUGAGGUCAUCAGCCUCUCUCCCCAUCCCCAACAUCUCUGUCCACAUCAAGAGCCUCCAUCGAACACUGAGCCCACAAGACCAGGUGGGCACUGCCAAUCACAAUCACACCAUGACCAUUCCUCUGUGUUUCUAGAUGAAGUGUUUGGUUGGCACCUGGUCACUAAGUGUGUCUAUUCUUUCUUGUCCCCAGUCAUUAACACUAGCAGAUCUGCAGUGCUCAGAGAGAGAAGAGGACAGUGUCAGCUCUCAGUGAGUUUUGGGUGUGGGAAACACAGGGAAAAUGUGACUGAUUUGAUGUUUUAUGAACAUACUCAUGUUCUCAUUUAGUAUUUGACACCAGAGCCAUGGCUGGUUGGCCGAGGUGAGUUGGUAGGCUACCGUUACCAUGGUGAUAGUAAACAGAAGCUACAGUUUGGUAUGACAGACCAUAUACAUAUAUUCUAUUCAUUCUAUGUCUAUGUGACAGACACUGUGGAUUUUAACCAACGCAGCCAGUUACUAGAGGGCUUGUUUUAUGUCUCUUUGGAAUUGUUAUUUCACAUAAUGUUUAUGUUUACAUGAAUGUUCCUGUGUGUUUUAGAGAGGAGGAGGCAGAGAUUCUUCUGUCUCAUGGCUCCCUGAGAAGACCAUCAUCAGAUAUUACUGAAGAAGUGACAAGAAAUAUGUAAGUGAGCCCAAACAAAAACACACUGUAUAUUGCUUUGUAUUCCUUUAGUUCCAUAUUAUAACAUUAUGGGGUACUUUGGUUUACUAACCUUCAAAUCUGUAUUUGUGACAUUUACUUUGUGUGUUUUCUCCUCCUCAGACCUCCCAGUGAGGGUUCAGGAUCAGACGUCCCUCCCCAAUUCAGCUUCCAACCCCUUCCCAUGGCAGGGCCUCAGGCUGGGGCUCAGGCAGCAGACUCUGCCCCUAACGGAGGACUGCCCCAGAGGAGCAUCAAUACUACCCCCACCCCUGCCUCUGCUCCCAACCAGGCCCUGUCUGCCCAGACAGACCCUGUCAGACAACUCUUGCAGGAUGAGCUAUUCAGACUGGUCCAGGUGAAUGUGAAUAUCAACAUCAGGCAGAGGAAAAUACAUAAAUGUAUGUAUGUAGCCAACGACUAUUUCAUGAUUGUUUUGUGUUUCUCUCUUCAGUUGCAGCAGAUCAACUUCAUGAGUCUGAUGCAGGUGGUUGGAGCUUCGUUUGUCAACCUCCCACUCUCACAGAACAACACACUCCUGGCCCAGUCCAACGUGCCCUAUCCAAACCCCAAUGCACCCCUGUCCCACCCUAACACACUCCUCUCUCACCCGAAUCUGAUCCUCUCCCAGAACAACAUGUCCCCUAUGCCCCAGACCCAGGCUGGUUUUCCAGUACCUGCAGAGCAGCCAGUUCCCCAAAACUCUGUUCAGGCCACCCUAGCCUCGGAGCCCCUGUCUCGGAGAGACAGACCCACAGACCAACCCCCCAUCCAGGAAAUGCAGCCAUUGGCCGUCCACCCUGAGCCAUUGAGAGAUAUCCAGGGGGAGACCAGGACAUCCUCUCAUGGGCUUCAGACCCCUGUAGACCCCACCCGCAGUGCCCCUCUGCUACUGCCCUCUGGUGGUAGCUCACAGGACCCUGCUCCCUACAGCUCAGGACUGAAGCUGCUUCAGCUGCACCCUCCCCUGCUGUCCCUCCAGCGUCAUGGCAACACGGCCCCUGUACGUGAGGCCUGGGGACCCCCGUCUGAGAGGAGACCCAGCACUACUGUGCCCCCCCACCUGAACCCCAGCCAGUAUGACCCAGCCGCUCUGAGGAGGGCAGAGGAGAGAAGGAGGGAGGCAGAGAGCGAGUCCACCGCUCCACCAUCACACCUCAAUCUGACACAGUAUGCCCACUAUCUCCCUGACCAGGUCCCGAGGAGCACACUGCCCCAGCGCCAGAAUCCAGAGGCCAGGGUGGAGAGGUCCAGAGGAGCUGAGCCCCCUCACCUCCCUCCUACCCUCCCAUCCCACAGACCUCCCCCUGUCCAAGGCCUCCCCCUCCUCCGCUUCCACCCUGACCCACGCCCCCACACCACCUUCCCUCUCAUACCCCUCCCAUACUCCUCCAGACCCCUGACUGUCACCCCAGCAGCCAAGGGCCACAACCCCGGACUACAGCUACUACAGAGAGACCCAGACCCUCCUAGGAUGAUGCUGCCCGAAGCCAACCCUCCGGCCCCUGUGCCACGUCUCAUCCCUCUGGGGGAGCUGAUGGGCUGGGCUGCAGGGAGAGAGAGGGGGGCAGAUCCCAGACUCCAACUCCUCAGAGUGGACCCACAGACACAGAACCCUACCCCUGCCCCUGCAACACCCUCCACCAGCACCAACUCCAGCAAGAGGCAGAAGAGAAGAGUGGAGAGGUUGAGGAGAGAGGGAGAGAAAGCAGAGGUCACAUUUAGACUAGAGGAUUCCAUCAUACCCCCGCAAGAGAGCAAUGAGGACGAGCCUGCAGAGCCUGUUCUUGGGGAGGGCUAUGUCUUUCCUCUUGGGACCUUUGACUCCAUGCUGACUGGUCAGCGAUUGGUGGACAGGGCUCUGUCUACUACAGCUGAGCUCCAUGCCUUUGCCUCCACACACAAGAGACCUCCUGAGAGCCACGAUGCCUGCACCAACACAGACCCAGCUUCUCCUCACUCAGAUAAAGGCAUUUCUGCCCAACCUGCUGUCACUUCUGCUGCUUCUGGACCUGCUGCUCUCCCUCCUGAAUUGUUCCUGAAUCGGUGGUUCCCUAGAGACCCUCCUGUCCAGGACAUAGAGACACCAGGGGAGACACAAGCAGAGAGAAACACUGUGAGAUGACUAUUUAAUGACAAAAUCGAAUGGAAUGUUCAGUACACCAGUACAGAUAAUUUAUCCUGUUUCAUGCUACUUAAUUGUCUUAUCUGUCUCUCUCUCUCUCCCUAUCUCUCUGGAUGCACAGGGUCGUCAGUUCAUAAAUGUGAUAGAUCUGGAGGAUGGGGCCUUGCUACAGGAGUUGCCAUCGUGCCCCCGCCCUGCGGUGUGGGACCAGGACGUCACCCCCUCUCAGCCCUCUCCCCCCACCUCGGCACAGCUCCACCUGCUGGCAGCCUCCGUUACCAACUCAGCCCCUCCGGAACUCACUGCAGACACCAGCACAGAGGAUGACCAACCCCAAGCUCAGCCACGUGGUCUGAGUCAAUAUAAUCUAUUCACUCUGCUAAAACAACAUUAGAGUUGUACUCCAUAUAUUGUCUCUGUCUGUAAUAUCUCCUCUGUCUCCUCCAGGCUUCUCUGUAGCAUCCCUUCCACCUGCUCACCCUGAGCCCAAUGGAGACCCAGUGACUCGCAGUCUGCUGCAGGAGAGGAGAGCCCCAGGCCGGGCCCUGGAGACCAGGAGUCCAGGGACCCAUCGCGGAGCUCCAUCCAGGGCCCCAGUGAUCCAGGUGUCUGCCCGUCUGUCUGAGAUAGACGCCCAGCUAGCUGCCUUACAGAACAUCGCAGAUCACAUGGAGAGAGAGUUUGCCAAUACCAGACUGGUAACGUAGCUUUGUGAUUUACAUUUAUACUCCUCAACCUGCCUGUGUCCACUUGUCUGGCUGAUAAUUGGCAAGUCAAUGUGUGUGCUGAUCCAUGUGUGUAAUAAGAAGUAUUUCUGUGCCCCUCUCUUAGCUGGUGAGAACCAUUGAGACUCUUGGUCCUGCCAUUGGCUCCUGAAAUGGUGGAGGGAAGAACACCACUGAACAAGACAGUCACUCUGGCCGUCUCACCAGAAGGUCAGAUCCACAGUAAAGGCGUCCACAUACAUAGGUUCGGUUUGCUCCUAGCAGAACUCGGCUAGGCGACGCGAACGCCUGUGCUUGCAUACUCCUUUAAAAAAUGUGCAUGAAAACUAGUUGCAUCUCUUGGAAUUUCAACAAACACUUCAUUGAAGAGCGCCGUCCAUAGUUCUCACUCCUACUCGGAGUAGUACUUUUGACCAAUCACAGAAGAAGGGGCGUAGACUUCAGCUACCGAACUUCGACUUGCCUAAAAAUAAAAUGUUGUGUGUUCAAACAGCUGGAAAAAAAACCUGCCGAACUCCAAAACAAACAAAAACUUUACCAUAAUAUAUGCGCAAACUGUUACGACUUGGAAGCAUGCAACAGGCUUAAAACACUCGACACCAGAUCAAACCUCUUUACACCAGACAACACCAAAUCUGCCAUAUCCCCCCAUAUCCCCCUGACUCUGUUUAUGUGUGUCCUCUCCAUUUGACCAGGGUGGAGAUCACGUCUCUCCGUGCACCAUGACACUGAGCUAGCGGGUCGUCAACAGGAAGAGGAGGAAGGACGUGAUAGUGUAAUAGUCAGCUCUGCUCCUUGGGGUGUGAAACAGCCCUUCUCUCUUUCUCCUGCCGUCCAGAGCACCUCUACCCUGCACCCGCCCACAGGUAUAGCAGCACUCCCAAGCAAGCGUUCAAACUGUGGGAAUAUAGUUGUGCUCGUAAACCAUUCUUAACAUAUAGCUAUUAGCUAACCUGUCAUGGCAUUGUUGAUACAUUAUUGGCCAUUGGAUCCAAUGGAAAUAUCUCCCUAGUGAUUGGAUAAUGGUGAACCAUGAUGGUGUCAGUGUAAUUGUAGUUCUUAUAUAUAUAUAUAUAUAUAUAUAUAUAUAUAUAUAUAUAUAUAUAUAUAUAUAUAUAUAUAUAUAUAUAUAUAUAUAUAUAUAUAUAUAUAUUGUACUUUUACACCUUUUUCUCCCCAAUUUCGUGAUAUCCAAUUGGUAGUUACAGUCUUGUCCCAUCGCUGCAACUCCUGUACGGACUCGGGAGAGGCGAAGGUCGAGAGCAAUGCAUCCUCCGAAACACGACCCUGCCAAACUGCACUGCUUCUUGACACACUGCUCGCUUAACUCGGAAGCCAGCCACACCAAUGUGUCGGAGGAAACACCGUCCAGCUGGCGACCGAAGUCAGGAGUCGAUAGAGCGCAAUGGGACAAGGAAAUCCCGGCAGGCCAAACGAUCCCCUAACCCAGACGACACUGGGCCGCCUCAUGGGUCCCCCGGUCACGGCCAGCUGUGACACAGCCUAAAAUCGAACCCGGGUCUGUAGUGACGUCUCAAGCACUGCGAUGCAGUGCCUUAGACCGCUGCGCCACUCGGGAGGCGUAAUUGUAGUUCUUAUAAGUCCCUAGUGGUUCGGCAGGUGGUGUGGUGUGACGUUUCCAAUUACCAGGCUACCAUCUGAUACUCCUGUUUCAGGCUCACCACAGCUGUAACUUUAGUGUAUGUCUGCCCCAGCACCAUACAUCCCUGCUUUGUGCCUCUAACCAGGCUGUCUGACCUGAGGUGUACAGUAUAUCAACUGGGGAUUUAUGUGUAGUCUGAGUGGUUGAAUGGGAUCUGUCUGGGGUAGAAUGGCAUCUGUCUGGGGUAGAAUGGCAUCUGUCUGGGGUAGAAUGGCAUCUGCCUGGGGUUGAAUGUGAUCUCUGUCUGUGGUUGCAGGCCUGCAGUUGUCUCCCGUCAGACCAGAACCAGAGCAGCGUGUGUGGGACAUCAGUCAAGGUAAGAGCCGUCUCAACACACACUGUCACACACACCUGGCUGGGACUCAGUGCUGUUACCUAACUCUGCAUACACACCGAUAGAGACUGCCAGUGGACACCCGCUACAUCACACAUACAGGCACUCUCACCUUGUAAUGGUACACCUGGUACUUGCAUGUCUCUGGUUUGUGCUAGUUUGUGUUUCAGGUCGAGUUACUUGAAGAGACACUGGGCAGCUGUACAACUCACCCCCUUGCAGCAGCAUUCAGAUCUGUAUUUAGUAAGCUGUAUGUUGAUUGUGUUCCUCUUGCAGAUUUGACAGACAAUAUGGAUGGAGCACCUGGAAAGUAAGUGUGUGAAAACUGAUAUCGGUAAUUUAUUUAGGAAAAUGUUAAAUGAUCACUGUUAGUUACCCUCUGUGUGAGCAUUAUUCCUUAGAUGUGAUUGUGGUUUGAACUGUCACAUAUUAUUCUCCUCCUGUCUUUCCUGUCAUCCUCAGAUGGGCAGAGGAGACUCUGGGUCUCAGUGGGCUGAGUGAUGUGGCAGACAUCUUGGCGGAGUUGGUGAGGGAGGGAGGCAUCUCCCCCACGGCCCUGGGGCUGUCCCAUACACAAGCUGCCCGCCUCAACAGGUAGGAACCUUCACAGUGAACAGCUCUAAACCUGCUCCUCUUCUGGUUGUGACAAUCUCGAGCACUGUGACUGGCUCUCAGCAGUGAUGUGUUUGUGAUUGACAGCAGGCUGGACCAGCAACAGAGCGGCAGGGCGGGACAGAGGGGGAUGCGAGCGGAGGAGGAGAGGCGAGAGCUGAGGGUUUGGAUGAGAAGGAAACAGAGGGAGAAACUGGUCGAGUACCGCAGACAGAGGGAGGAGAAGAGGGAGAGGGAACGAAAACCCUUCUCGGCCCCUGUCACAGUGGUGAGAUUGGCUUCUGACUCACAUUUACAUUCUGUGUUCUGAUAGUUUUUUAGUGCAUUCAUUCAGACACCAUUUCUCUCGACAGAAACCAACUUCCAAAGAUAUAAACAUCAAUAAGAAAAUCAAGGAAGAGAAAGACAAGUAUGUGCACGAACACACACACAUACAACAUAAAUACAUACAUACAGUUGAAGUCGGAAGUUUACAUACACCUUAGCCAAAUACAUUUAAACUCAGUUUUUUUUUUUAUUCCCUGUCUUAGGUCAGUUAGGAUCACUACUUUAUUUUAAGAAUGUGAAAUGUCAGAAUAAUAGUAGAGAGAAUGAUUUAUUUCAGCUUUUAUUUCUUUCAUCACAUUCCCAGUGGGUCAGAAGUUUACAUACACUCAAUUAGUAUUUGGCAGCAUUGCCUUUAAAUUGUUUAACUUGGGUCAAACGUUUCGGGUAGCCUUCCACAAGCUUCCCACAAUAAGUUGGGUGAAUUUUGGCCCAUUCCUCCUGACAGAGCUGGUGUAACUGAGUCAGGUUUGUCGGCCUCCUUGCUCGCACACGCUUUUUCAGUUCUGCCCACAAAUUUUCUAUAGGAUUGAGGUCAGGGCUUUGUGAUGGCCACUCCAAUACCUUGACUUUGUUGUCCUUAAGCCAUAUUGCCACAACUUUGGAAGUCUUGAGAUGUCGCUUCAAUAUAUCCACAUAAUUUUCUUUCCUCAUGAUGCCAUCUAUUUUGUGAAGUGCACCAGACCCGCCUGCAGCAAAGCACCCCCACAGCAUGAUGCUGCCACCCCCGUGCUUCACGGUUGGGAUGGUGUUCUUCAGCUUGCAAGCGGUACCCUUUUUCCUCCAAACAUAACGAUGGUCAUUACGGCCAAACAGUUCUAUUUUUGUUUCAUCAGAACAGAGGACAUUUCUCCAAAAAGUAUGGUCUUUGUCCCCAUGUGCAGUUGCAAACCGUAGUCUGGCUUUUUUAUGGCGGUUUUGGAGCAGUGGCUUCUUCCUUUCUGAGCGGCCUUUCAGGUUAUGGUGAUAUAGGACUCGUUUUACUGUGGAUAUAGAUACUUUUGUACCUGUUUCCUCCAGCAUCUUCACAAGGUCCUUUGCUGUUGUUCUGGGAUUGAUUUGCACGUUACGCACCAAAGUACGUUCAUCUCUAGGAGACAGAAUGUAUCUCCUUCCUGAGCGGUAUGACGGCUGCAUGGUCCCAUGGUGUUUAUAUUUGCGUACUAUUGUUUGUACAGAUGAACGUGGUACCUUCAGGCAUUUGGAAAUUGCUCCCAAGGAUGAACCAGAGGUGUACCAUUUUUGUUCUGAGGUCUUGGCUGAUUUCUUUUGAUUUUCCCAUGAUGUCAAGCAAAGAGGCACUGAGUUUGAAGGUAGGCCUUGAAAUACAUCCACAGGUACACCUCCAAUUGACUCAAAUUAUGUCAAUUAGCCUAUCAGAAGCUUCUAAAGCCAUGACAUCAUUUUCUGGAAAUUUCCAAGCUGUUUAAAGGCACAGUCAACUUAGUGUAUGUAAACUUCUGACCCACUGGAAUUGUGAUACAGUGAAUUAUAAGUAAAAUAAUCUGUCUGUAAACAAUUGUUGGAAAAAUUACUUUUGUCAUGCACAAAGUAGAUGUUCUAACCGACUUGCAAAAACUAUAGUUUGUUAACAAGACAUUUGUGGAGUGGUUGAAAAACGAGUUUUAAUGACUCCAACCUAAGUGUAUGUAAACUUCCGACUUGAACUGUACAUACAUACACAUACAUACAGUACCAGUCAAAAGUUUGGACACACCUACUCAUUCAAGGGUUUUUCUUUGUUUUUAAAAUUUUUUUACAUUUUAGAAUAAUAGUGAAGACAUCAAAACUAUGAAAUAACACAUAUGGAAUCAUGUAGUAACCAAAAAGUGUUAAACAAAUCAGUAUAUAUUUUAUAUUUGAGAUUCUUCAAAUAGCCACCCUUUGCCUUGAUGACAGCUUUGCACACUCUUGGCAUUCUAUCAAUCAGCUUCACCUGGAAAGCUUUUACAACAGUCUUGAAGGAGUUUCCACAUAUGCUGAGCACUUGUUGGCUGCUUUUCCUUCACUCUGCCGUCCGACUCAUCCCAAACCAUCUCAAUUGGGUUGUGGUCGGGGGAUUGUGGAGGCCAGGUCAUCUGAUGCAGCACUCCAUCACUCUCCUUGGUAAAAUAGCCCCUACACAGCCUGGAGGUGUGUUGGGUCAUUGUCCUAUUGAAAAACAAAUGAUAGUCCAACUAAGACCAAUCCAGAUGGGAUGGCGUAUCGCUGCAGAAUGCUGUGGAAGCCAUGCUGGUUAAGUGUGCCUUGAAUUCUAAAUAAAUCACAGACAGUGUCACCAGCAAAGCACCCCCACACAAUAACACCUCCUCCUCCAUGCUUUACGGUGAGAACUACACAUGCAGAGAUAAUCCGUUCACCCACACCACGUCUUACAAAGACACGCCGGUUGGAACCAAAAAUCUCAAAUUUGGACUCCAGUCCAAAGGACACAUUUCCACCGCUCUAAUGUCCAUUGCUCGUGUUUCUUGGCCCAAGUAGGUCUCUUCUUCUUAUUGGUGUCCAUUAGUAGUGGUUUCUUUGCAGCAAUUUGACCAUGAAGGCCUGAUUCACACAGUCCCCUCUGAACAGUUGAUGUUGAGAUGUGUCUGUUACUUGAACUCUGUGAAGCAUUUAUUUGGGCUGCAAAGAGGCUGGUAACUCUCUAAUGAACUUAUCCUCUGCAGCAGAGGAAACUCUGGGUCUUCCAUUCCUGUGGUGGCCCUCAUGAGAGCCAGUUUCAUCAUAGCGCUUGAUGGUUUUUGCGACUGCACUUGAAAAAACUUUCAAAGUUCUUGAAAUGUUCCAUAUUGACUGACCUUCAUGUCUUAAAGUAAUGCUGGACUGUCGUUUCUCUUUGCUUAUUUGAGCUAUUCUUGACAUAAUAUGAACUUGGUCUUUUACCAAAUAGGGCUAUCUUCUGUAUAUCACCCCUACCUUGUCACAACACAACAGAUUGGCUCCGACGCUUUAAGAAGGAAAGAAAUUCCACAAAUUAACUUUUAAGUAGGCACACCUGUUAAUUGAAAUUCAUUCCAGGUGACUACCUCAUGAAGCUGGUUGAGAGAAUGCCAAGAGUGUGCAAAGCUGUCAUCAAGGCAAAGGUUAGCUAUUUGAAGAAUAUAAAAUAUAUUCUUAUUUGUUUAACACUUUUUUGGUUACAACAUGAUUCCAUAUGUGUUAUUUCAUAGUUUUGAUGUCUUCACUAUUAUUCUACAAUGUAGAAAAUAGUAAAAAAUAAAGAAAAACCCUUGAAUGAAUAGGUGUGUCCAGACUUCUGACUUGUAGUGUACAUACAUACAUACAUACACGCAUACAGUGAGGAAAAAAGUAUUUGAUCCCCUGCUGAUUUUGUACGUUUGCCUACUGACAAAGACAUGAUCAGUCUAUAAUUUUAAUGGUAGGUUUAUUUGAACAGUGAGAGACGGAAUAAAUAAAAAAAAUCCAGAAAAACGCAUGUCAAAAAUGUUAUAAAUUGAUUUGCAUUUGAAUGCUGCCAAACUCAUGCUGCCAAACAUUCCCUCGUAAAACGGACUAUCCUACCGAUUCUUGACUUCGGCGAUGUCAUUUACAAAAUAGCCUCCAACACUCUACUCAGCAAAUUGGAUGUAGUCUAUCACAGUGCCAUCCGUUUUGUCACCAAAGCCCCAUAUACUACCCACCAUUGUGACCUGUACGCUCUUGUUGGCUGGCCCUCACUACAUAUUCGUCGCCAAACCCACUUGCUCCAGGUCAUCUAUAAAUCACUGCUAGGCAAAUCCCUGUCUUACCUUAGCUCACUGGUCACCAUAGCAACACCCACACUAGUCUGCGCUCCAGCAGGUAUAUCUCACUGGUCAUCCCCAAAGCCAACACCUCCUUUGGCCGCCAUUCCUUCCAGUUCUCUGCUGCCAAUGACUGGAACGAACUGCAAAAAUCUCUGAAGCUGGAGACUCUUAUCUCCCUCACUAACUUUAAGCGUCAGUUGUCAGAGCAGCUUACCGAUCACUGCACCUGUACACAGCCAUUCUGAAAUUAGCCCAACCAACUACCUCAUCCCCAUAUUGUUAUUUAUUUUGCUAAUUUUCACCCCAGUAUCUCUAUUUGCACAUCAUCUUUUGCACAUCUAUCAUUCCAGUGUUAAUACGAAAUUGUAACUAUUUUGCACUAUGGCCUAUUUAUUGCCUUGCCUCCAUAACUUACUACAUUCGCACACACUGUAUAUAUAUUUUCUGUUUGUAUUUUUGACUUUAUGUUUUGUUUACCCCAUAUGUAACUCUGUGUUGUUGUUGAUAUCGCACUGCUUUGCUUUAUCUUGGCCAGGUCGCAGUUGUAAAUGAGAACUUGUUCUCAACUGGCUUACCUGGUUAAAUAAAGGUGAAAUAAAUUAAUUAAUUAAUGAGGGAAAUAAGUAUUUGACCCCCUCUCAAUCAGAAAGAUUUCUGGCUCCCAGGUGUCUUUUAUACAGGUAACGAGCUGAGAUUAGGAGCACACUCUUAAAGGGAGUGCUCCUAAUCUCAGCUUGUUACCUGUAUAAAAGACACCUGUCCACAGAAGCAAUCAAUCAAUCAGAUUCCAAACUCUCCACCAUGGCCAAGACCAAAGAGCUCUCCAAGGAUGUCAGGGACAAGAUUGUAGACCUACACAAGGCUGGAAUGGGCUACAAGACCAUCGCCAAGCAGCUUGGUGAGAAGGUGACAACAGUUGGUGCGAUUAUUCGCAAAUGGAAGAAACACAAAAGAACUGUCAAUCUCCCUCGGCCUGGCCCGGGCUCCAUGCAAGAUCUCACCUCGUGGAGUUGCAAUGAUCAUGAGAACGGUGAGGAAUCAGCCCAGAACUACACGGGAGGAUCUUGUCAAUGAUCUCAAGGCAGCUGGGACCAUAGUCACCAAGAAAACAAUUGGUAACACACUACGCCGUAAAGGACUGAAAUCCUGCAGCGCCCGCAAGGUCACACUGCUCAAGAAAGCACAUAUACAGGCCCGUCUGAAGUUUGCCAAUGAACAUCUGAAUGAUUCAGAGGAUAACUGGGUGAAAGUGUUGUGGUCAGAUGAGACCAAAAUGGAGCUCUUUGGCAUCAACUCAACUCGCCAUUUUUGGAGGAGGAGGAAUGCUGCCUAUGACCCCAAGAACACCAUCCCCACUGUCAAACAUGGAGGUGGAAACAUUAUGCUUUGGGGGUGUUUUUCUGCUAAGGGGACAGGACAACUUCACCGCAUCAAAGGGACGAUGGAUGGGGCCAUGUACCGUCAAAUCUUGGGUGAGAACCUCCUUCCCUCAGCCAGGGCAUUGAAAAUGGGUCGUGGAUAGGUAUUCCAGCAUGACAAUGACCCAAAACACAUGGCCAAGGCAACAAAGGAGUGGCUCAAGAAGAAACACAUUAAGGUCCUGGAGUGGCCUAGCCAGUCUCCAGACCUUAAUCCCAUAGAAAAUCUGUGGAGGGAGCUGAAGGAUCGACGUUCGAUCCUGGGAUUAAAGUCUGGAGACUGGCUAGGCCACUCCAGGACCUUAAUGUGCUUCUUCUUGAGCCACUCCUUUGUUGCUUUGGCCGUGUGUUUUGGGUCAUUGUCAUGCUGGAAUACCCAUCCAAACGUCAGCCUCAACCUUAACCUUAAUGACGUGGAGAAGAUCUGCAAAGAGGAGUGGGACAAAAUCCCUCCUGAGAUGUGUGCAAACCUGGUGGCCAACUACAAGAAACGUCUGACCUCUGAUUGCCAACAAGGGUUUUGCCACCAAGUACUAAGUCAUGUUUUGCACAGGGGUCAAAUACUUAUUUCCCUUGUUAAAAUGCAAAUCAAUUAAUAACAUUUUUGACAUUCGUUUUUCUGGAUUUGUUUGUUGUUAUUCUGUCUCUCACUGUUCAAAUAAACCUACCAUUAAAAUUAUAGACUGAUCAUGUCUUUGUCAGUGGGCAAACGUACAAAAUCAGCAGGGGAUCAAAUACUUUUUUCCCUCACUGUACAUACAUGCAUACAUACAUACAUACAUACAUACAUACAUACAUACAUACAGAUACAUGCAGAUACAUGCAAGUGUUCUAAGUAUUAGAAGCUUUUAUGUGUGUUCACAUGUUGUAUUUGGACCGUUAGGAUGGUACUGCUGGAGCACCACAAUCAGAGGGCCCGCGAUGCCUAUAGUCUGAUCACAGACCUCCUCACCACCCCACUGACCCUGCCCACUAACGCCAAUUAUACCCUGACACUACCCUCCACCUCCCCACGACCCACCUCCACACGACCCUCCUCCACACGGCCCCUUACAGCUCAGACUGUCGGCAGCACCCGCAGCAGCCCCAGGUACACCUCGUAGGGCAUUCACAUCUGGGUGGUUUAAGAACAAUUCUAUUUCAAUUAAUGUGUCUAAAACUGAAAUUAGAGGGAUGGAGGAUGAUCCUUGUCAUUCUGUGACGUUCCAGAGGUCGUAGUCUGUCUGUUGGGGGGAAGAGGAAGACCAGUACCAAAUCCCAGACUGGGAGAGCCCGCUCCCUCUCCUCUCCAGGGGUGACACCACGUUCACAAAGACGGCCUGCGUCAUCAGGGGGGCAGGAGACACUGAGUGCCAGAUUGGGACUGCAUAGACCAGGUUACCACCGUCCACUAUCAUUCUCUUUUGAUUUAAGUGCUAUAAAAAAAAUAUAGGGGCUUACAGUAAUAUAUGAUGAGCUGGGAUCAACAGCAUUUUGGAUGUUGGCCAGAAUGCAGUGACUGAUCAGUGUGUCUGUCUCCUGGGCGUUAGCGAGUUUUCUGCCACGGGACCGUCUCUCCCAGGUGACCCGGCGGGGUAUGAUCACAGAUCUGAGGGGCAGGACUGGGCCUAAGACACCCAGCCAGCAAGGUGAGACACUGCCGAGCUGUUGAGUAAUCUUAGUAGCCAUGUUUAGGUAAUAUAGAGUAAAGUUCUACCCUGUUUCCCCCUGUAGAGUGGAGAAGAGAAGUGAGCCAGUCCCCACCUGGAUGGAGAGGUGGAGGAGCGAGGGAGCAGAGAGAGACUGAAGAGAGGGAGGAGGAGGUGGUGAGCCCAUGGAACCCCCCUCCAGAGAUCUGCAGGUUGCUGGGGCUGGAGAACUCAGAGGGCCAGGGUGGUGCAGUGGCUAGAGCUGGGGGAGCAGGGCUGGACAUACUGGACACCCUGUCAGAGAGCACUGGCAGCAUCCUCAGCCAACUGGACUGGGCUGCCAUUGAAAGCAUUGUGGCCGCGGAAGGGGCCAUCUGA